UUUUUUUGUUGUGAAAGACAACCAGACACAGCCAAAACCGGAAGAUUCGAUCUCUUUUGCUUUUGCUCUUUUGCCUUCUUUGCCUUCUGCGUGCGCCUCCCGACGUUUGUGAGGAUUGAGAAAGGGACGUGUUCCGUUCAGCGGUCUCUCCAGUUUCGCUCUAUUGCAGAGUACAUGGGCCGCUCUAAAAAAGGCUCAGGUUGGUUGUUUUUCCCGCCAACUUUGACUCUGAGACCCUCGCUCUGAUGCUGCCCUCUCUCGUGGACGACCCUUCGCUCUGUGUUCCCCCACCACCACCACCACCACCAUCAAGCACAACAUCAUCAUCCCACCCAGCAGCCGCAACAGCAGCAGCAGCCGCAGCAGUCAUGGACAACAGCAGCAGCGCUCGUGAUGAUGACGCUGUGCAGCGUAUUGCGCAGUGUCCUCCUCUGCUUCCUCUUCCUCCAGGGACGGCGACUCCGACACCCAUCGCCACCACCACCCCACCAACAACAACAACAGCACCACCACUAACAGCAACAGCGACUCUUGAGACUGCUGGUAGCGCAACACCCACGGGAGAGCCGUCGUCGUCGCAGGACCCGUCGGCGCCCGGCGUUCAACUGCUCACUCCCAGUACCAGUACCAGCAGCAGCAGCAGCAGCAGCAGCAGUGCCGCCCCCGCCCGGUCGGCUACCGAACUGCCGACACGCGAGCUGUCGUAUGCGUCGGCGCUGGUCGCCAGCAAGCGGUCGGCCGGUGUGGCCAGUCCAGCUCCGCAGGCUGCGCCAUCAUCGUCAUCACUUUCAUCCCGAUCCUCCACCCAGCAAAAGCCAAAGCAGGCCUCAACUGCUGAGCAGGCCCGUCCACCUGGAGACGGAAUUCUUAGCAAUGUCACUGUUGACACGAUGGAGCAAGAUGAAGGCGAUCUGCCGUCCCAGUCACUCUUGCCGCGUGCUACUGCGACCCAGUCGCUCGUUUCGCUUGUGGGUCGGAAUGCAGGCGGAAAUGGCAGCCAUGAUCCGAGCCCCAUGCCCGUGGGCAGAUCGUUCGUGUCAAGCCCUCCAACAGGGCGAAAGCUGUCCAAGGACGAGUUCGACAUGGAGGACUGGACGAGCGUCGAUGGCGAUGCGACCACCAGCUUGGCUUUGGAUGAUGUCAAGUUUGACGGACAUCCUGGCGAGCGCAAGCUGGGAGUUGAGUGGUGCCACAUUCGGACGGCGGGAUCGUCGAGCUGGAACGAAGCUGCACAACUCGUUCUGACAAACUACCGCAUUUGUGUUCAAGGCCAGAGCAAUGCUGGCCAGGCCCCUGUUCCUCGAUUAGAUAUUCCACUCAUGCUCGUCGAGUUGGUCACGCCCGUCGAUGCUACGCGACUCGACAUCUUCUGCAAGGAUUUGCGAAAAGUGCAUUUGGCUUUCACGACGGCAGACGCUUGCGCCUCGUUUCAACGACAGCUCCAAUUCAUGCUCCAGCCCAACAACGUCUCCGACCUCUUUGCCUUCCGCAGGCUGGCGGACGAACAGGAAGCGCCGCCGCGCCAGUCAAGUUCUGGCGAGCCGGAUUGCCUGUCGUCCGUCACCAACAACAACGGCAACAACUACAAUCAUGGCGGGCUGCUCGCGAUUCCAACCACAGAUCCAAACAGCUGCCCGAUACAGCGGCAAAGUCCGCAAAUUCAUCACAGCUCCUCGACUGAAUCCGGCAGUGGAGGAUCGGCGACCGCGCUUUUGACACGAGUUCAAAACCGCAGCAUCGCGACGCGCACUCACUCUGCCAGCUCCGACCCAUCCAGUGUUCCCUCCAAGAUUUCGGACGCUGUGUGGAGAGGACUCUCGUGGGCGAGCUCCGCCUCAAAGUCUCUUCUCGCGGGUCGGGCGGAAGACCGGCUGGAAGACGAAUCGACAGGCGCGCGACCAAUAAACAGGCCGCUGCGCGACGCUGACUUGAGUGAUGUGGACCAGCCACUCCCAUCGUCUUACGAAGAGGUGAGCGCCUUUGAUCUCGCCGCCACCCUGCGUCGCUUUUCGGGCGAAGGAGGCUUUCAUCGUCCCGAACAGCAUCAUCGGCAUCCGUCUUUCUCGGCCUCGUCUCCGACAUCGCCGUCAUCGCUUCUCGCGUCGUCGCACCCGAUUGCUAUCGCUUCUGCAGCGCACGGAUCUCGCGACGAUAGCGAGUUGGACUUGUCCACCAGUCCGCACCGCAGGUCGCUCAAAAAUUCGCGCUCCCUGACUUCAUUGGUGGCUGGUGCCGACGCGGCGCGUGAUCCCAGUACAGAGUCUGCCCUUCCCAUUCCCACAUCCGCGCAGCCAAUCCUCAUGUCGCAGUUGGCGCCGGUGGAGAUGGAUGUGGAGCACGCCGCUCAAGAUCUGGUCCGAGAAUUUUCGCGCUUGGGCUUGACGCGCAACGUUUUGACGCGUGUUUCGACCGCCAACCGCUCCUUCCUUCUUGCCCCAACCUACCCGACGCAUCUUGUGGUCCCUCGCGAGUUUAGCGAUGCGCAGCUCAACACUGUGGCGAAUUUCCGCAAAAAGGGCCGCGUGCCUGUCAUCACCUGGAUUAAUCGCGCCAACAGCACGGUGCUCGUUCGUUCCUCGCAGCCAGGUGUUGGCUUGACCGGAAAGCGCUGCUUGGAAGACGAGCAACUGCUUGCCGCGUAUGCAAACUUUGCCAGUCGCGGUUCUUCAGCCCCGCCGCAGCUUCCGCAUGAUCCUCAGGGGACAACCACUCCGUUGCCCCUGUCCUCUCGCCUGUUUAUCGUAGACGCUCGGCCCUAUGCCAGUGCAUUAGGCAAUCAGACUCUUGGUGGCGGAUACGAAUCUGAACUCAAAUACCCGUUUAGCAAGAUUGAAUUCUUUUCGAUCGACAACAUGCACAAGGUGCGAGAUGGCUUCUUGGAACUGUACAGCUCUUGCAAUGUCGCGAGAGAGAGCAGCUUGUCGGCACAGGUUUUUGCACAAUCGCGGUGGAUGCAGUUCAUGUUGGCCCUGUUUGUCGGGGCCAAGGCGAUUGUCAACAAGAUGACAGUCGAAUCCACGUCCGUCAAUGUGCACUGCAGCGACGGGUGGGACCGCACGCCACAGCUGGUGACGCUUGCUCAGAUCAUGAUGGAUCCGUAUUACCGCACGAUUCAGGGUUUCCGAAUUCUCAUCGAGAAGGACUGGCUCCACUUUGGACACAAGUUUGCGGAUCGGUGUGGACACUCGGUGCCAGCGUCAGACCGUCAUGAACGCUCGCCCAUCUUUGUGCAGUGGCUCGAUUGCAUCUAUCAACUGAUGGUCCAGUUUCCGCAGGCGUUCGAGUUUAGCGAGGACUUUUUGCUCCGGCUCAUCGAGCAUUGCUCCUCUUGCAUGUUCGGGACGUUCUUGUUCAACAACCAUCGCGAGCGGCUGCUUCACGACACGGCCAGCAAAACGCGAUCUGUUUGGACAGAGUUUCGCGAUGACAUGCAGACGGACAUUCUCAACUUGCGCUACAAGUUUUCCUCCGUCGUGUUGGAUCCUUCCACCGACAGGCUGUCCUUGUGGCAGUCUCUAUUUUUCCGAGGCAACCCGGCGCUUGCCGUCCAGUGCCAGGCAAAGCGCGACGCGGCUCGGCAAGCCGAACAGCAAGAAUACAAGCAGGCUCGUCUCGAGGCGGAACGCUGGUAUGAGGCAUGCCGAAUCAAGUCCAACGCCAUGCGAUUGCGCUUGCUUGCCAAGCCAAGGUUUGAUGCGUGGCGGCAAUACGCGAAAGAGCGGGCUGAGCUGCAUGCCGAGGCCAAGCUUGUUGUGGCCGAAAACAUGGAGCUGCUGCUGCUCAGAGUUGGCCAAGAGCUCGCAAAGAUCGUGGACAAUCCGCUCCACGAGUCGACUGCCGCGUCCACAACACACUAUGACUCGGAUAGCAACAGCGGCUGCUUUGAGUUUCCUGAAGAAGACGAGGAGCACGAGGUUGACGCAGCCAAGAAGGCCCUCCGACCAAACAGCCUGGGUCCAUUGCGGCGUUUGCUGUCGGGCUCGAGCACCACCUCAUCCUCUACCACUUCUCUUCCCUCCGUUCUAUGGGUGCCGGACGAAAUGGUGACUUCGUGUCGGCACUGUCACUGUGCUUUUACGUUAACAAAGCGGCGCCAUCAUUGUCGGGAAUGCGGCCAAAUCUUCUGCGGUCUAUGCUCGGAUUUCGAGCUGGUUGUUCCGAGAAUUGGCAAGAAUACGCCAUCGCGAGUUUGUCUCAACUGCCAUGCGUUGCUAACAACGAACAAGUGGAGCCUGCCACCUCCAUCGUGAAUGCUUUCAGGAUUGCCCCUGUUUUUUUGUUGCCGUCAAAAUUGAGAUUCAGGAUUGAAACCAACUUUCCCCUCCUUCUUCUUCCCUCCAUGUCUUCAAAUACAAAAAUGCCA